UUUUUUUUUUUUUUUUUUUUUUUUUUUUAAAUUAAAUAAAUAGUCUGGAGGACCUUGAAGACAAAGUCCUAGCAUGCGCCUAGUUGGGUGGUCUUUCGUACGCUCAAUCAGAUUCACGGUUGUUGUCACGUGUCUUUAAUAAAAAUGUCCAAGCGACCAAUCAUUGUUGUCUUUGAUGGCGCAACGUAUGUACUGUACUUUUGGAGCGGUCGGCCAUGCCAUCCAUUUAUUUUCUGCAGGUGAGAUGGAGUCUUUCAAAGCUGACUUUUGUCGAAUGUUUUUCGGAAAUGGGAGUAACAAACCCACGCAAGCACGGAGACAAAAUACCAACUCCAGGAAGCCGAGAGUUGAGCCCCGAACCUCUUGCCUGUGCGAGGCAGAUGUGCUAACCGCUCUUCAACUAUGCUGCCUAGCCGUCCAUGCCAUUUUGACCUAACCAUUAGCAUGUGUUUGGUGUCACGUGUGUGUGCGUCUUGAUUGCAAGCGUGUGACUCCUGUCAGGCCCAGCGCAGGGAAGCGUGGGAGAAUGCCACCCAUUGUCUGUGUUGAUGAUGUGGAGUAGACAGUUGGUGGAUGUGAGUUGACGUCGCCAUGUUCCCAAACGUUCCCCUGUUUCCUGGAGUCGGUGAAGCAGCAAGAAGUCCUCCUGGAGGUCUUCUCCAGACUCAAGCAUGGACCUUGAGACCUCGUGCGUUUCAGUUGCAGUUGGGCAUCAACGUGGCGGCUUUGGUGCGAAGGAGCUGGUGUUUGCUCUGCGCCAUGCUGCUGCUCAACGUGUUGGUGUGUUGCAUCCUUGCGACUCUUAGCUGGAAACUUCGCCAGGACCAAAGCGGACUCCUCAAGCUGGUUUCUGUUCGAUCCGGGAACUGGUCGGGCCCAUCCUUCUGGAACACCGAGCAGCGGCGGCUGAACUUCAUCGGGCCUCGGGACUCGUGUGAAGCGGACCGCAGAGUUGUCACGCAGCAGGUUUGGGACUACAAUGCACUGCCUCGCCGCCUCCAGGACUUUCUGCUAUACAUCCACUGCAGGAAGUCCAGUGUGCUUCAGGCUCCAGGUCCGAGGGGCAGGCCGCCGGAUCUUUUCCUGCUGCUUGCCGUCAAGUCUCUGGUGCCACAUUUCGGGCGGCGGCAGGCCAUCCGCCAGACGUGGGGCCGCGCCGGCGUCCUGGCCAACCGCACAGUGGCCACCGUCUUCCUGCUGGGACAGAUGUCACCCGAGGACCAUUACCCAGACCUGCGAGGCAUGUUGGGCAAGGAGGCGGCGCUUCACCGGGACCUGCUCCAAUGGGAGUUCAGGGACACGCCCCUCAACUCGAGCCUGAAGGAGGCGCUCUUCCUGCAGUGGUUCCAUCGCAAUUGUCCGUGGACCCGGUUUGUCCUGGAGGCCCAUGACGACAGUUUCAUCAACACGUUCCAAGUGUUGGACUUCCUGGAGACUCUGCCGCGUGCCAGCAGCAACUUCCUGUUCAUCGGUGAUGUCAUCAACGAUGGACGACCACCCAGAGACCGGGGCCUUCUGGACUUCGUUCCGCCGAGCAUUUUCACAGGAGCGUAUCCGCCCUACGCUGCGUCCGGGGGUUUUCUGCUCUCCGGGGAGGUGGCUGUACGUCUUCACAACGUCUCGCGACGCGUCCUUCUGUUCCCGGUCCACGAUGUCUACAUGGGCCUGUGCCUCCGCGAGCUGGGUCUGGUCCCACAGAAGCACCCGGGUUUCGCCACGCUCCUCGUCCGCCCCGACCACGACGAUGACAAGGAGCGUGGCGAGGUUGUGUGCGUGGACAGGAGGUUGAUGGUGGUGAGCGGUCACACGCCGCAGGAGAUACUCAGGAUGUGGAGCACCGCGGGGGUGCGGCUGUGCCAGGCAACGGCUACACAAGAACAUGCACAAGAACCGACACUUAAUUAGGUACAAUGGCUAAGCACUUCCAAUGCAAAACGAAAACACGCAAUUGAUGAUGUCAUAUUGACAAAGACAUUGAAUAUUAAUGUCAUAUUAGAAAAAAACUCAAAUGUUGAUGUGAUAUUAGUACAAAUUGAAUAUUGAUGAUUUCAUUAAUGUCAUAGUAAAGAUGUCAGUUAUUGAUGAUGUAAACAGUUGCAUAUUGAUUGUCAUUUUAACAGACGAUUAUUGAUGAUGUUAGUGGUGAAGAUUGAAGAAGUGGUGGAAUAUUGAUGUUAUAUUAGUCAAGUCCUUUAGCGUUGAUGAUGCCAUAUUAAUGACAUUAUCUUGUUUCUAAAAUAAACUUGCUAUGCAUUAAUAA